AUGAUCUUUGAAGAUGACAAUAUUUAUGAUUUCACAUGUGGUAUUGCGGGAAGAUCUAUUCACUUGAUUCAUCUCUUACUGCAUCCAACAACAAAAACUCUUUUCAAAGACUAUUGUGAAAAAAUUAGAGUGUUGGAAUUAUUUGAUUGUUUGGAAUCGAUUCGAUUGUAUUACGUUGCAAUUGAUACAUUUAAAAGUGAGGCUCACAAGAAAAAAAUAGAUGACUUGAGAAUUACAUUGAAUUUGAACAAUAGUUCGAUAUCCGUCGACGAUUUAAUGGUUUCUGGAAUGGCUUCGUCAAAUGGUGACAAACGAAAACAAGAUACAAAAAAAAAGAGAGUAUCACUUUCUUCGUCGAAUUCCAAAACAUUUAAAUCAAAACGACAGUCAGUUGCGCUGUUGUUCAACAAUAAUAAUUUAUUGGAGGCAUUACAACAAAAGUUGAACUCAGAUAUGGGCCUCGAUUCAUAUUCUCAAUCCCUGUCAGGGCUAUUUACAUUGGGAGGAAGCGAGAGAGAUCAAAUUCACAUAGAGGAUAUUUCAAAAGAAGGUAGAGAAAGUCUAAAACAAAAAGCUGAAGCAAUAUUUAAUGAAUUCCUCUCACCUCAAUCCACUCGAGAAAUUAACGUUGAUGCUUCCGUACGAUCAUCCAUCCAAACAUCCCUCAAGUCUCUCAAGAAUUGUGAAAAUGAGCAUACAUGCUCUCUCUUUGAAACGAUCUUUGAUGAGUUGCGAAUUAUCAUUUUACGUCAACUCAAAACAGAUGUAUUGUUUAGAUUUGAAAAAUCUGAUACCUGGCUCUCCUUCCUUUCAAAUCCUGCUCACAAAGACAUUGUCGCUCAAGUAUUGGAUUAUUCGAAUUCUGUGUGGAGUUCUAAUAAUUGUCAUAGCGGGCAAUGUUACACGAAAUUUACCAAAAAGGAAUUUGUUAGAGAUUAUGUCAAUGUUGAAGAUUUUAAUUUUCUAAAGCAAGUGAUCUUUUCAUAUCACGGAAGAAAUUGGCAAACUCUAAAACCAACAACUACAGACUCUCCUUUCUCAAUCUACUAUAGCAAGGGUAAAUAUUAUGUGGAUCAAGAAGCAUUAGGAAUCAAAUUUGGCUGCUUUAAAGAAACAGCCAAUCUUCCAUUCAGCGCCGAGGAAGUACUUUCAGCCAUGCAUUCAAAACUAGUUCAAUCUGUAUUGGAUGAAACGUUAAAUGUCGACGCUACGUUAUUUUGUCUGAAAACAAUUCCACAUCGACAUAUGGAGGGUAUUCUCCCAGGUAAUGUCACCAAGUUGGCCAUUGAUUUACCCAUUGUGUUGUCCAACCAGAGAUGUUGUUAUCAAGCGUUAUCGAUCAUGUAUGAUCCUACUUCAGAGCGAUACUAUUCCAUUAGUAAGCCCAUUUUGUUCAAUGAGAAUUAUACAUUUUCGGAAAAGGAUGUGCAAGGCAUCGUCAUUAAUAUGAUGUGUGUAGAAAGAGUGACUGAAACUUCGUGUAAAUAUAGCAAUGUCAUUAUUUCGAAUUUUGGAGGAAUUCUAAAGCACAAGGUCUUCAAGAAGGUACCACUGAAACGAGCAAAGAACGUUCAAGCCCUUCUUUUUGAGCAAUUGAAGGAAAAUAGAAAUAAUUUAUUCAAUACUGUCAGGGAUGGCUAUGAAGUUUGUUUGGAUUUGUUAACACGAUAUUCGAUCUGCUCCAACGUAGCAAUUUCACAAUUUCCAAAAAGCUUUGGCGAAUUUCAAGAAAAGUUUUGUGGCUAUUAUUGA